UACAGGUAUAAGAAUUUAUAUUUACUAAUUUACAUUGCCACUUACCAGUCUCCAAUUGCAAUAUCAAUACCAAAGUCAUAAUAAACAAUAUUUUAUAACCUAUUCUACUCCACAAACUUCAAACUGACAAUGCAUAUCCCAAAAUUCCUUUUCGCACUCAUCUCAUUUACUCUCACCAAGCACGUGAGCUGCUCCCCAACACAAAUGGGUACACUAUCCACGCCCCCACCGCCAGGAGAAAGUAAGCUUGAGAUCCCCCCCUCCCCCACAAUCCCUCUCCCUUCCCAUCUCCUAAUAGAUACCCACAACCACAACCACCCCCCACCCCACCAUCACCAUUCCUCCCGCUCCGCACCCCAUCAAACUAACCCCUCCCCUUCCCUCCAGCCUACCUAACCAACUACCCCAUCUGCGCCACCCCAGGCUACACCGUCGUCCCAGGGUCCUACAACGAAAGUAUCCACCAGAGCAGCGGCGCCACGCUAGGUGGCUGCAUCAACGAAUGUCGGACCGCGUAUCCCGGUUGUAAGAGUAUUGCUUUUAAUGCGGAGUAUACGGAAUGUUUGUGGUAUGAUAGGCGGGUGGGUGGGACGCAGUUAUAUGAGGAUGGGGGGAGUGGGUUUGUGCAUUAUGAUUUGAUUUGUGUGGUGGAUGGGUGUUAUUAGGUUGGGGUUACUGGUGGAGGGGAUGGUGGGGGAGUGGGGAUGGGGAUGGGGAUGAGGGUUAGGGGUUGAUGAAUUGAGGAGUGAAGUGAAGUGAAGGGGAGAGGGGCUGUGUUAAUGAUAAUUAUGAAUGGAGUUAUGGUUGAUAUUUCUGGUAGACGGAGAGUUGACAAUGGGAUGAGGAGGCAUAUUUAGAUGGAUUAAUCUCUUCUCAAACUAGUUCCUUGGUAACCACUAUACAAUCAAUACCUACAGACAAGUUCACCAUGAACUCUUAAUAUAUAUAUACAUGCAA